GCUAGAAAUUUUGGGAGUUCGUUAUCCCUGCAGUCAUUUUCUGCAAUGUCUUCAACUAGAGGUUCUCUAAAUGUAGAAAGACGAACCAGCUUGUCCUCAAUCAUGGCUCUUCCUCGGAUGUCUGUGGCUGAGAUAGUACUCAAGCUACAGUAUCUCCAAGCCAGCCACCAAAACACAUGAAGUCCUCUGCUGAUGAUGAUUCAAGAUUACCAUUUUCUUCAGGAUCAGUUGAAUCUGGAGCAUCAGAAGGGGUUGUUAGAGGAAGAUCAUACAAUAUCAGAUUAGAUGAACAAGUUCUACUGAGAUUUUCACGUAAGUACUCCGACUCAACUUAUUAUUUCACUGAUAUGAUAGGUGGAACACUUACUUUCUUUCAUGAAGAGGGAGCAAGGAGAUGCCUUGAGGUGUCAGUAACUUUGGAGGCAAAGGAAAGUGUAAAUAAGCGAUUUGUUCAUCCUUCUCGAAAGCAUUCUCCUACCAUUACCAAGAUUCAUAGUGAUCACCAUGAGGUUGUGGGUGAUGUAGUCCAAACCAGCUUUUUCUUCUCCAUUCCCAUGGAUGGGCCCAUGACUUUUUCCACCCCUUAUGUCUCUGUACAGUGGGCUCUUAGAUUUGAAUUUCUUAUAACUCCAAAGAAUGUCGACUGGACAAGGUUUGAGCAUCCUCUUCUGAUUGAGGGAAGAGAUAAAUGUGAGUGGGUUCUUCCAAUCACCGUACAUGUACCUCCUUUAGGGGCAGCAGCUUCUCAAACUCGAAACUUCUCUUUGGAACCCUUAUGGGUUCAUUAUUGAAGCCUCAGGGGUCUUUCUUCUGAAUUUUGAUCAAGUUGGAAGAAAGAUGCUGCUAAUGUUGGGAAGGGAUGGAUGUGACAAGAUGUUGAAUGCUCUGAGCGAGGGAGGGCAACAAUUGUUAAUGAAACAAUGGGUAUAAUAUCAUUUCAAUUAUUGCAAUAUUUUGUGAUAUAGAAGGAUGGGAGGCUCUUUUGAAUUUCUCUUGUUGAAUUGUCGGGUUUCCAUUCGUAGAUUUGAGAGAGAUCCUCUGGUUCUUCUUCUUCAGCGGCUAUUUUGAAUAGAUAUGGUAGCGUUAGUGGUUUUGAACCGAUACUAGUCUAUCCAAUUUCUAUAUCUUCACUCACAUAUUUACCAACUUCUUGAAUUAUCAUAUUUUACAAGUAAUUAAAGGUGUUCGUCA